UGGACUCGCCCCUAUGUAAAUUCUUUCUAACUCUUUUAAUUACGUUCCUCUUACUCUAAUAACGUUUUGAAUCAGACACUAAAUAUAUAGACGCUUUGUUUGUGUUUGUUUCUCAGGCCCACUUUUAUUCGUAUUUACAAGACAAAAACGUCAGAUGGGUACCAGUGUAUCCCAUAUGUGAUAUCCCUCUUAAGUGCGAUGCUCUGGAUAUAUUACGCGAUGGUCAAGAAGAAUCUAGUGAUUAUGAUCACUAUCAACACCUUUUCCUUGGUCAUACAAAUCUUCUACAUCUCCUUCUAUCUCUUCUACUCUUCUAUGAAGCAAAAGACUCUAACAAUAAAACUAGUCGUAUUGGUGGACGUUCUUGCUUUCGCCCUUGUUUUCUUCCCCACGCACUUUCUUCUUGAUGGGAAGAAACGUGUCCAAUUCCUCGGAUACAUUUGUAUGAUCUUCUCUCUAUGUGUUUUUAUCGCACCUCUUGCCAUGAUUAGGAGGGUUGUUAAGACGAAAACAUCGGAGUUCAUGAGUUUCAGUCUCUCCUUCUUUCUCACCUUGUCGGCAGUGACGUGGUUCGUCUAUGGUGUGCUCCUCAAAGACUUAAACAUAGCUCUUCCAAAUGUUUUGGGGUUUAUAUUUGGAUGGGUACAAAUGGUUGUAUACUGGGUAUACAAGAAACCUGGGACGAAGCCACCAGGUAACGUCCAGGAAAUAGAUGCAGAGCAUGUUGUGGAUGUCGUGAGGGAUGGAGACACCAUAAUCAUUGAUGAGAACAUCAAAGGAGACAUUGAGCAGAUGAUGGAGAGCAUUUAAAUCUAUAUAUAUAUAUCCAAGAAAUUAUCGCUCUUACUAAACUACUAUCUAGUAUCAAGUUGUGUUUUAGUUGCUUUGCGUGCUAAUCUUGUACUUUUCAAUCUGUAUCUCUCGCUCCUGUGUGACCUCUCUCUCAUCUUGACUGUAAAAUAAGUUAAACUAAA